AUGGAUUUUCAAGAUGACGCAGAUAUUCUGUCACGUCUUGGAAUACUAGAAUCAAAAGAAGAAAGUCCUCGUAAGCAUUUCUAUUCGCCUAAAAAAGCAGAUGUAUCAUCAGAAAGAGAUCGAUUUGUUGAAGUCAAUAUUGACGGUUCGGUAGAGGCAAGGUCUGAUUCUGACGAGGAGCCGGUUUUUGAUAGAAACUCUUUAUUGUCCCCUAAUAAAGGUGUAAAAGUGUAUCGAAGGAGGAAUGAAUCGUACACUUGUGUCUACUUGGUCCUCCUGCUAACAUAUGCCGCUGUGGGAGCCAGCUAUCCUCUAGCAUGGGCAGGAUUCCAAUUCGAUAAGAAGAUACCCUUCUCGUUCCUACUUGAAAACAAUGUCGGAUUAUUGAUCGGUUGUUUGACUGAGGUAAUAUGCUAG